AUGAACGCCGAAAAGUGGAAGAGGAGGACUCUUCCCACCCUCAAGACGCCCCCUGUACCAAUUCCUACCGAUAGUAAUAAGGGAUUCGAUAAUGUCGACGGAAAGAAGCCACGCGUUUUCUCGAAAGCGCUUCGUUCUCUUAGCAAUUCCUCGAUGGAAUCCAUGUCACAGAGCCCAUCUCGAAGCUCCUCCUCCAUUCGACGUCUACAGAAGACACAUUCAGGUUCAGGAUCCAUGAUCGACAGGAUACAUCGUCGAGUAUCGAUAGCUUCACCCAUGAGCGCAUCCGCUCCGGAAUUCCCAUCAGUUACUCCCGAAGUCCCCUAUUCCUCCAUGGAACUUAUACAAUACGGACCACUGAAGACCGAUGUCUCGCUUCUCAAGGCCCGCGCCGAAUACCUAGUUCUUACAGAUACCUGUUUGAUCAAGUUCGGGAGUAUGGAAGGAGCCAGAUCUGCUUUCCCACAGAUAAAAUCGGGCAGCGGGACACUGAAGCCCAGCAGUGCUCAUCACAAUUCUCACAAGUCGUCUUCCGACGUGCGGAUAGAAAUACCCUUGCGAUCCAUCGUUGGCGUUUUCAAUGAAGAAGGUUCAAGCCCUCGAUUUGGCGUCGAGAUAUGGUGGUUCUCCCAGUGGCCAAAGCUUGCGUAUUCCAAGGCCCAUCUAUUCUUCAUGUUGCCCAAGGACCGGGAUGACUGGCUGGCCAGUAUUCAACAGGCUUGUAGAAUGAGCCACAGGCGAGCUCCUUCUCCCUCCUUGAUCCCUGGCAAUUUGAAAGCGAGAAUCAACCAUAUUGUGGAAACCACUGAGCCAGACUCGAAUGCCAAUGCCUCCAAGAUAUUGACUUUUCCCGUGGUCAAGCGUACAAUAGGCUCGCCUCAGAAGGCCAAUUCUGCUGAUGAGUCUCAGCACUUUGUGGAUGGCUCGUCCUUCUACAUCGUCAUUGGGCCAGCCAUGGUGAAUUUCCUCGAGGGUCUCAAGGCAGAUAUGCGACUACCCCUGGUGACCUGCGCAUAA